UACUUUCACUACCUACAAUUCCUCCGCCAACCGAUUCUAUCGACAAUUGAGCUGUUCAAUAUGGCAAACACGUCAGACGAAGCACACCCAACCCAUCUCUCACCUAGCGAACUAGGCACAAAGGAAUACUGGGAAACCUUCUACUCCAGAACCCUAACGCAUAUCUCGACGAAACACAACGCAACGGGCGAGAAAAACCUUGACGGCAGUAACAAAAACCUAGAGGGAGAAGGCUCCGGUGACGAUACCGGAGAUGAAGAGGAUGAGGAUGAUGAUUACAACGGCGACUCGGACCCCGGCACCUCCUGGUUCUCGGAGCACAAUGCGCCCCAGAAAGUCCUUGAAUUUUUGACCCGGGAGGAGUUUCCCCUUGCGCCGUGUAAUACGCUUGGGUCUCGAUGGGGAGGGGGAGGGAAAGGGGGAAAGAAGGGAGCAAAGAAGACAGCGCUUAGUGCAGAGGAUAAGAAAAAGCAGCCGAGUGUGUUGGAUCUUGGGACGGGCAAUGGGAGUAUGUUGGCGUUGCUGAGGAAGCGCGGCGGGUUUGCAGGGGAUAUGGUGGGGAUUGAUUAUUCGGGGAAGAGCGUCCAGUUGGCCAGGGAAUUGCAGGUUACGAGGAGGCAUGAGGCUUAUCAGAGUGAUUCGGAGGAUGAGGGUGGGUUUGGGUCCGAUGAUGGUGACGAGGAGGAGGCUGCCGAGGAGGGAGAAGAAGGAGAAGUAUGGGACGAGAUUCAGUUUGAAGAGUGGGAUAUCCUCGGCUCUGAGGAUGAGUUACGUGCUGGGAACGUAGGCUGGUUUCCGUAUGACAAGGGAGGGUUUGAUAUUGUUCUAGACAAGGGGACGUUCGAUGCUGUUUCCCUGAUGGCUGAGAAGAGUCAGUGUGAGCGGUAUCCUGGAAUUUCGGGGGGGUUGGUCCGGAAGGGCGGGUUCCUGGUUGUGACAAGUUGUAAUUGGACUGAGGAGGAGGUUGUUAAGUGGUUUACUUCUGCCUCCAUUGGGCUUGAAGCUGGUGGCUCUGGCUCUGGAAAGUUGGUUGUCUGGGGUAGAGUCCAAUAUCCCCGGUUCAGGUUCGGUGGGCAAGAAGGACAGGGAGUCUGCACAGUGUGUUUUCAGCGUGUCUAAUGUCUAUAUAUAUCAUAAUUCAUAUCACAUGGCCCUCUAUAAAGCUAGGUAGAAGAAGGGGAAGAGGCAUGCUUCAAGACAGCAAUGACGCACCACCUCCUCCUAUUCUCCACGCCCUCGCCCUCUCUUUCAUUAACCCACUCCCUCCUCAGUUCGCCCUCUUCCAAACUCGAGUUCAAGU